AGUUCUUUGUGAAGUUAGCCAUAUAAAUUAGUAUGUAUAUACGUGUGAAUAUGUGAAUAGGUGUAUUCUUAUAGUGUUUACAUAUUACUUUUAUGAGUAAUUUAAAGUCGUUACUUUAUAGUUUUAAAGAUGUCUUCUGAAACAGAUAAAUAUGUAUAUGACACUCUCAAAGUUCUUCACUUACCAUCUCAUCUUUCUGAUCAACGACGAAAUGAAUUAUUUCAAAAAUAUGGUGCUAUCAAGACACAUACUUUACGACCUUCUAGCAAAUAUACUAUAACCUUUGCCAAAUUUCCAUCUCAUAAUGCAGCAAAUGAAGCAUUUUUACGUUUACAUCAAAUUAAAGUCAGAGGACAUUAUUUGUCAGUUGAAUUUGCUAAAAAGUCUAUACCAAUAGAAUACACUGAAAAUGAAUCUCGCCGGGAAGAUAAAGAUGACAUACAAAAAGAAACAAUUAAUAAGUCUCAUUUCCAAGCAUUUUUAAAACAUUUGUAUGGAAGCUCAAUGAAUCAGAUUUUUACACAACCACCAUCACCAAACAUUAAAUAUAAAUAUACACCACCAACAAAAAGUACUUUGUUGAGAAUUACUAUACAAUUAUUGAAAGAACCAGCUUUCUAUACUCAGGUAUUACAUUUAAUGAACAGAAUGAAUUUACCUCCACCAUUUGAAGAACUGGAUACAGAAUUUCCCAUGUUAAAAGAAAUUUAUGAUAUCGAAAAGUAUAAAGAUAUUUUAGGCGAAGAUAUACUUGAACCAAUAAUAAGAAAAAAUGUUUCGCAAAAUGACAAAAAAGAACAGGAAGAAACAGAUGAAGAAGAAUCUGAAAUAGAAUCUGAUGAAGGUGCUAAUGUCCAGUCUUUACAAAAUAUACCUGUAAAAAGAAAACAUUCACAAUCUAAAAAACGAAUAAAAAUUCCUAAAUUUGUUAAUCCUGCUAAACAACUAACAUCAACUUCUAUUCAAAAAGCAAUCAGACCAGAAGAUAUGUUUGAGCCUGUACAACUAGGUGAAUCUAAGAGUUUAAAAAUUGAAUUGAAAACUGUUGACAAAUUAUUAGAAGGAGUAGAUGUAAUAUCUGAAGUUAAACUUGAUAAUACUCAAGAAAUACAAGGUGGAUUUGGAUUAAUGUUUCCUCCCAAAAAUAUUGAACACGUGAAACAAAAUAUAGAACAUUCUAGUGAAGAAUCUCUUGAAAAAACUUCCGAAGAAUAUUCUGAAAAAACUUCAGAGUUUAUUACAACAGAAGAAUUAACAUCAAACAGAAUAUCAGUUAAUGAUCAGAGACUUCUUCCUGUUUUCAAAAAUUAUCAUGCCGGGAAACCUACAAAUCGAUUGUAUAUAAAAAAUCUUGCAAAACAAGUUGAAGCUAAUGAUUUGCACUAUAUUUAUAAGAAAUAUGUAAUAUCAGGAUUAAAAAAUGCCGAAUAUGAAUAUAAUGUUCGUCUUAUGCAAGAAGGUAGAAUGAAAGGGCAAGCAUUUGUUACAUUACAAAAUACAGCUCAAGCACAGUUGGCUCUGCAAGAAACUAAUGGUUAUAUUUUAAAAGAGAAGCCUAUGGUUGUACAGUAUGCUAAAGUAUCAAGUAGCUAAUAGACAAAAAUUAUGAAUAAACAUCAUUUUUCAACAAGGAUGGCCGAGAUCAAUAAACUUAUUCUAAUUUUUCUAUAGCGCAAUUUUUAAAAUUGUGCGGAGAAACAAUCAAGUUAAAGGCUUAUUAUAGAUACAACAAACAAAUCAACAGGUA